UUUUGCUAAGUUUCAGUCUCAGAAUAAAAUUGAGCUGUUUUUCCUCCAUAUUCUCACUAUAUCAGAUUAUAUGAGCCAUAAACGCCUGAUGGAUCAAACAAAAACUAGCAAACAACACUUGUUUCUUUAGACUUUUAGAUUUGCCUAAAUGUUCAAUAAACUGUUCCAUUUAAAAAAAAUGUGGGUUGACAAUCCUAACCCUACCCAAGUCUCCACUCCAGCGGGUUUAUGGGAAUGUGGAUAUGAUGUUAAUUGUGCAGGGAAGCAUCCGGUGUCUGCUCUGAUGGAGAUGUGCAAUAAGAAGAAGUGGCCACAGCCUGAGUUUGUGAUGGUGCACCACAGCGGACCAGACCACCGCAAGAACUUCCUCUUCAAGGUGGUGGUGAACGGAUGUGAUUAUCAGCCUCAGACAGCCAGUCCCAAUAAGAAGCAUGCGAAGGCGAUGGCAGCGACGGUGGCUCUGCAGGCGAUGGGAGAAGUGGCUGGAGACGGCGUUUAUACGGGCCCCGUCUUCACCGCAGCCACCAGCACAUGACGCGCUCCGUUCAUUUCACUUCUCAUGUUUCCGUUACAGCAAUAUCAUCUCGAUAAGGCAUAUCUAUUAGUACUUUUGUAAUUUCUUCAACCACGUCCCCCUUGAUUGGGUAAAGCGAUGGCCUUUGCAUGACAGUGAAACCAGAAAGCAUGCACACACGUGAAUUGAUGCAUUUGACUGAACGCCAUCAUUGUUUUAAACUUGUAAAUGUUUCAUGCAUGCUGUAAAAUUAUUUUAU